UAUUUCCAUCUCCGGACCUUCCUUGUUUCUUUCCUUCCCUUCUUUCAAACCAACCAUGCUUCCUUCCACCCAUAUCCUAUCUUCCUUCUUUCCUCCUCCAUUUCCUACUAGUCUCACUCUGAAUACCGUACCGUAGUUGCAAUGCUUUUAUUUCGAAAGGCUAACCGGAUCUCCAGCGGUGUAUCAUGUCACUCGUGCGUCUUAGCGUGUCUCGGCGUGACGAGCUGCUCAGGGACUGUGAAGUCUCGUUGCGCUUCAGACUUGCCGAGUGACAACUUGACGAUGCCGCUGCUGGCGUCCCUUCUUCGCCUUCGUUGUUUCCCCCGCCGGUUGGCCUGAGCUGCUCACACCGGGAUACGCGUCGCAGCCCCUGGUCCGCCGAGUUCCGCCAAACGGGCAUAUUUAAGGGCGUUUUUGUGGACGUCGCCGGUGAGCUAACUUUGGCCUUUUUUAGUGGCGGGGUGUCGUGCAGCUGCUCCCGUUGCCAAAUAUGCGGGCCUGAGUGGCAACAAACCUCGCUGGGGUGGACCGCGCUUACGGCGUAAACACGCGCCGAGGAUGUGCUGAUAACGACGGCAUGAUGUUUGGUGGUCGCGUCAUCGGCGGUCCGCGUCGUUGUCAAGGAAAUCUGGACUUUUUUUUUUGGCGGGGGUACACUCGUUUCGAUCUCAUGGACCUCACCGGGUGGGCGGCUGCCGCUGAGUCCCGCUGACUCCGAAGAGGACUCAACCCGUCGCCCGCUCUACCAGGUGGAUGAUCUGGGCUUCCUCCUUCCCAAUGCCGAGGUACAUCGCAGCGAGUUGUCCUCAACCAGAAACCAGGAAGUGCUCAUGCAGUCAAUCAUUCGCCGCCUUAACUGAUUACCUCAGCCGGUCCACGCUUCACGGGGCACCGAAACGACAUUUCAUUUCGAGCCAUCCAUGAGGACGUCAGAGUGGCUGAUUUGACGCAUCGCUCGUAGGAAAGCGGAGUUUCUCCUCUUCCCUUUCCCCCUUUCCACCCCCCCCUCCCCCUUCUCCCCUGUCACUCUUCACCUCAGCCCCCCCUUUUCCAAACCCCACCCCUCCCUCCACCAUGCUUAUCAAGGAGUACCGCAUCCCCAUGCCCAUGAGUGUGGAGGAGUACCGAAUCGCCCAGCUCUAUAUGAUUCAGAAAAAGAGCCGCGAGGAGAGCUGCGGCGAGGGCAGCGGCGUGGAGAUCCUCAAAAACAAACCAUACACGGAUGGACCGGGCGGAACGGGGCAGUACACGCACAAAGUUUACCACAUCGGAAUGCACAUUCCCAGCUGGUUCCGCUCCAUCCUGCCCAAAGCGGCGUUGAGGGUGGAAGAGGAGUCGUGGAACGCCUACCCUUACACGCGCACGCGAUACACGUGUCCCUUCGUGGAGAAGUUCUCCAUCGACAUCGAGACGUACUACAUGAGCGACACUGGCAACCAGCCGGACGUUUUCAACAUGUCGGCCGCCGACAAGAGGCAGAGGACCGUCGACCCCAUCGACAUCGUGACAGACCCCAUCGCUCCCCACGAGUACAAGGCCGAGGAGGACCCACGGCUAUACAAGUCGGCCAAGACCCAGCGUGGCCCAUUGCUGGACGACUGGAUAGAAGAGUACCACAACAACCCGGGCAGGACGCCCGUGAUGUGCGCUUACAAGCUGUGCAAGGUGGAAUUUCGCUACUGGGGCAUGCAGUCCAAGAUUGAGAGAUUCAUCCAUGACGUUGGACUAAGAAAGGUAAUGGUACGCGCCCACCGGCAGGCCUGGUGCUGGCAAGACGAGUGGUACGGUCUGACCAUGGAGGACAUCAGGCAGCUGGAGCUGGAGACUCAGCUGACCCUGGCCAGGAAGAUGGCGCAGUUCUGCCUGGUAGAGGAAGCCUCCGAGGCCAACGGCGACAUGCCGCCUCCCGACAAGGAGCAGGAGGUCAAGGAGGUGGCGGAGGCGGAGGUGACGGUGAGCGCCACUCCUACCAACACGCUGCAGCCCCGCGGCGUGCUCACCAAGCAGUGGUCCACUUCCUCGCGCUCCUCCCGCUCCUCGAAACGAGGAGUGAGCCCGUCCCGACAUAGCAUCUCGGAAUGGAGGAUGCAGAGUAUCGCGCGGGACUCGGACGACAGCUCGGACGAAGAGUUCUUUGACGCUCACGAAGAUUUCUCUGACAGCGAGGAUGUCUUACCCAAGCAAAUCGCCAAGUGGAAUUCCAACGACCUCAUGGACAAAAUCGAGGCUUCCGACAUGGAAGAGACGUCCGGCGAGCUCUUCAAGGACAUCGAAGUGGACUACGCCAGGGCAGCCGGCCGGGAAAGACUAGACGAGGAGAGCUCGUCCGAGCAGUGCCUGCAGCCCUCCAAGAUCCACGUGCUCAUCCUGGUUCUGCACGGCGGCAACAUCCUGGACACGGGCGGCGGCGGCGGCGAGCAGAGCGGCAAGCAAGCCGACGUCAACACCAUCGGCGCCGCGUUCGAUUCCGUCAUGCGCGUCCACUACCCGGCGGCGUUGGGCCGCCUCGCCGUCCGCCUCGUCCCGUGUCCUGCCAUCUGCGCCGAGGCCUUCUCCCUGGUGUCCAACUUGAGCCCGUACGGCUACGACGAAGGCUGCCUGUCCAGCAGCCAAGAUCACAUCCCGCUGGCGGCUCUUCCUCUGCUAGCCACGUCUGCGCCUCAGUACCAGGAAGCCGUGGCCGCCGUCAUCGUCAGAGCCAAUCAAGUCUACGCCGAUUUCAUCAAGUCUCUGGACGGGGCCGCCUUCUCCGGCCAGGUCUGCCUCAUCGGGGACUGCGUGGGAGGAAUACUCGGCUUCGACGCUCUGUGCAGCAGUAACCAAACGGUCAACGAAAGCCAGAACAGCAGCCGCAGGGGCAGUCUUCUCAGUGUGCAGGACCAGGACCUCCUGUCGCCGGGCACCAUUAUCAACUGCGGGCAGGGGUCGGCUUCGCCCACCCUGGAGGGCAGCCGCCACCUGAGCCGCAGCAACAUCGACAUUCCGCGAAGCAUCUCUGGCGACGAGAGCAAGAAGCAGCAGCUGCAGCGCAAGAGAAGUGACUCGUCGACCUACGAGCCGGACACGAUCAAGCAGCACCAGGCAUUCUUGUCCAGCUUGCACUCCAGCAUCCUGCGGGGCGACGGGACAUCGCGCAGGUCGAGCAGCAGCACCAUGCUCGACGGAAGCGCCCUGGGCAAGCUGGACUUUGAAGUCUCCGACUUUUUCCUCUUCGGCUCGCCGCUGGGUCUGGUGCUGGCGCUGAGGAAGACGGUCAUCCCCAUGCUGGACGUGGCCCAGCUCCGGCCUGCCUGCCAGCAGGUGUACAACUUGUUCCAUCCGGCCGAUCCUUCCGCCUCGCGCCUGGAGCCCCUUCUGGAGAGGAAGUUCCACCUCUUGCCUCCCUUCAACGUGCCCCGCUACCAACGCUUCCCUCUGGGGGAUGGAAAUUCAACUCUGCUGGUGGAGACAGUCCAGAGCAACGCUCCGCUGCUUCUUGAUAGCGGGCCGCCCGCGUCCCUUCGCUGUCAGGAGACCAUCAGUGAGACGUGCAUCCCCGUGCCCGUGCUAAACUGGCAGGAGGGCGCCCUCAAGGCCACGCCCGCCACGCCCGAGUCGGAUGUUGUUCAGUCUCAUGGUGGUGUCUUCAUGGACAGUUCGUACCCCUCAUCCCCCAUCACGGGCCCCUUCUCCCGGGGCCAGCGGCGCGCCAGUGAGGUCAGCAUUGCCAGCCAGGUGUCAGGAAUGGCAGACAGUUACACUGCCGGCAACAUAGCCAACACCCAAAGAGACGCGUUUAGUCGGUCCAAAGGUUCCGGCCUUUUGUCGCAGUUGGCCCUGUCCUCCCAAAACAAAUUCUUCUUGAAAAGCCCCCCCAAAUCCCGCAAGAAACUCAAAGAACCCGCCGAGGAGAAGGACGGGGACGCAAUGUCGUGCGACAGUCAAAGUCUAGGCUCCGACUGCUGCAUGUCUCCCGGACUGCACAGUGCUAUAUGCGAUCUGGUCUCACUGGACUCCCAGGCGCAGGUGGACCAAGUUGCAGCUCGCUGGUGGGGCACCAAGCGCAUGGACUUUGCCCUCUACUGCCCCGACGCGCUGACCGCCUUCCCCACCGUGGCGCUGCCGCAUCUUUUCCACGCAUCCUACUGGGAAUCCACCGACGUGGUGUCCUUCCUGCUCAGACAGGUUAUGAGGCACGACAACUCCAGCAUCCUCGAGCUCGACGGCAAAGAAGUGUCCGAGUUCACGCCGUCCAAACCUCGCGAGAAGUGGCUGCGCAAGAGGACUCACGUGAAGAUCAGGAACGUGACGGCGAACCACCGGGUCAACGAUGCCGUGUUCACCGAGGACAGCCAGCAGACGGUGACCGGUCGCUUCAUGUACGGCCCCCUGGACAUGGUCACUCUGGCUGGCGAGAAGGUGGACCUGCACAUCAUGACGCAGCCCCCGUCGGGAGAAUGGGUUUACUUCAACACAGAGGUGACCAACAGCAGCGGCCGCGUCUCCUUUCUCAUCCCCGAUGACAAACGUCUGGGUGUCGGCGUCUACCCUGUCAAAAUGGUGGUCAGGGGCGACCACACGUUUGCGGACAGCUACCUGACGGUGAUCCCUCGCGGCACCGAGUUUGUGGUGUUCAGCAUCGACGGCUCCUUCGCCGCCAGCGUGUCCAUCAUGGGCAGCGACCCCAAAGUGCGGGCGGGGGCCGUGGACGUCGUCAGGCACUGGCAGGAUUUGGGCUACCUGAUCAUCUACGUGACGGGACGACCGGACAUGCAGAAGCAGAGAGUGGUCGCCUGGUUGUCGCAGCACAACUUCCCGCACGGCAUCGUGUCCUUUUGCGACGGCCUGGUGCACGACCCGCUCCGACACAAGGCCAACUUCCUCAAGGCCUUGACCGAGGCUAACAUGAGGAUAUUUGCUGGCUACGGCUCCAGCAAAGACAUCUCCGUGUACACCUCCAUCAACCUGCAUCCGUCGCAGAUCUUCAUUGUUGGUCGACCCUCCAAGAAGAUGCAGCACCAGUGUCAGUUCAUCACAGAGGGCUACGCGUCACACCUGUCCCAGCUGGAGCACAACCACCGCUCGCGCCCGGCCAAGUCCGGCAGCACCCGCAUGGUCCUGCGCAAAGGCAGCUUCGGCCUGGGCGCCAACAGCGACUUCCUGCGCAAACGCAACCACCUGCUGCGCACCAUCUCCUCGCAGCCCGCGCCCAGCUCGCCCACGGCAGGCGGCGUGAGCGCCAUCCACUGCCGCCCCGAGCGCACGCAGAGCCAGUCGGACGGCGAGCGCGGAUCCGCCCACGGCCACGGGCAAGGGGCCGCGCAGCGAAGCAUGAGCAUCACGGCGGGAUGCUGGGGGCGCAGCAGCAGCACCAAAAUGGAGGCCGGGCUCCUCAGCCCCAAAUGAGGAGGCGGCUGUACAGAUAAAGGACGCCUGAAGAAAAAAACAAAACAAAAAAGGUCAAUAAUUGACGCCUCCCGCCCCCCCAAAACAAUUGCCUUUACAUUGAACAUUCGUUCCUCACAGGGAUACAUUACAAACUUUUUUUUAUUUGAUUUUAGUCCUUCCGCACACUUAAGAAUCAUUUCAACUCAUUAAAACUUUCCAACUUAAAGCAACGCUUUUGAAAGUAUUCCUUAGUGCCUAUUUUCUUGCCCCGCCACAAAAAAAAAACGGGCUGUUUGUCACUCCCAGCUGACGUUGACUCCAAAACACACAAGAAACAAGAAGAUUUGUACUGGAUAAGUAACCACUGAAAUGUCCCCUCAAAAGCAAUUUUAUUUCAAGAAAGCCCCAUUAGCUCAAUGCUAACAUAUAAUGCAAAAUCCCCUAGACAAGCUAACUGAGACAUAUAGAUCUAGAGAGAGACAGAUUGAGCUAUACAGAGAGAGAGAGAUACACGCACACACACAAACAAUUACAAACCUUAAAGCAAUUGCAAUGUGAACACAUGCGGCGCAGCAACACAUGCUAACGGAAGUCCAAAAAUACAAGCACGUAUUCACUCUGCUCUGUGGGAACAACGGCUUCGGGAUUGGGGACCUUCUCUGCCUUCUUGAUUUUAAAUUGGCCGCAAGUCUUCCAUCGGAGCACCGUGCCAUGUUGUCGCAUGAUGUGGUGCUACACUGAAGACACGCAUCUCUAAAUUCGGACUUGCCGGUCCACUGUAAAACCUCAUCAAACAUGAUCUACGAUUGUGAUUUCCUGCGGCUUCACCGUAUUGUAUGAGAGCAAAUUAUCCUCAUCGCAGAUAUUUUUGAGAUGGAGACUACCCUCUAAUUCAUUAUUCUCUAUUUGGCCUCAUCACCGUUUUUGUCCUCUUUCCAAAACGCCACAUGGUGGCGCCAAAUCUCCGCCAAAGGAAGAUAAUCUUGCGUUUGUUGCCAGGACACAAUAAUAAUAAUAAUAUAAAACAGCAACACGCAUUGAGGAAAAAAAAGAGAAAGAGGCAAAAUAAAUAUAGCUGCAAGAAAAAGUAUGUGAACCCUUUGGAACGCAUCAAUUAAGUCACAAAAUGUGUUAUGAUCAUAAUCGAAGUCACAAUCGACAAACGCAGAGUUUUCAAGAAAACAUUUGCUGUCGUCACAGAUCAGACCUGCACAACGGUCAGGAGACAUUUUGGACCAUCCCUCUUUCCAAACCCAAUUUAUUCAGAAAUCUCGGUCAUUCCAAAGACUUCAUAAUUUUUUUUUGCAACUCGAACUGUAAAAUAAAGACAUCGACAUUAAUCGUAUGAAUUGUACAUUGACGGUAAUGACUAGUUGUGAAAUAUUUUUUGCUGUCAUUACUUGAACAUGAGCCGUCUGUACUUUUUCAUUUGUGGCUAAAUGUGGAUGUAUGCUUGCCAUGGCGCCAUCAUGUAGCAUCUAAAGGCAAUUCUGGUUGUUUGCGGGGGGGUAGGGGGUGUCAUUUACUUGUGUGUGUGUGGGUGGGGGUGGGGGGGUUGGAGGGGGUGUCUGUAUUGAAAUGGUGAAUAUACCACAAAAACGCAUUAAGAGGAUUUCCCACCAUAUUUUACCCCCCCCCCCCCUCCAAAUAAAGGGUGUGAGGAUGUGAUUUGUGUACAUACGGCAAAGCAGGCUGAACUCGGCUCCUCCCGACCAGACAAAGCUCAUCUCUGAGCGAAGAUGUUUCACCGAUUCCUUGGCGCCGUUUUUGUGACGUCAUCUAGGAAGAGCACAAAAAUAUCACACGUGACUUUUUCGGCAAAUGAUGGAGCAUUGGCAAGCAUGCGGCGAAUUGAUGUACUCUCUUCAGGUUCUGCACUUCAAUCAUGGACCCUCCCCCCUUUUUGGGAUCCCACCGGGUCCAAAGUGCUGUAAAGUUUUUCUCCAAACUUGCUAGCACAACGCAGACUUCAUGUGGGAUGGAUUCAGAGAAGAAAAAUGGAUUUCGUGUCCAUUUCCACCCAAGCGGCCCCCACAAAAAUCCCCGUCACAUCUUGGAAGUUAAGGACCCUUUAACUGCGCAGCAACCUGCUCAUGUUUUUUUUUCCACUGUCACACUUGGAAGGAGUAUUUGGGCUUCACUGACACACAAAAAUCACACGAUAUGACAUUUUUGUUGUAAUAUUAUUGGAAUCAAUUUUGCAGGGGGGAAAAAAGUAGCUUUUCAAACAAAUAUUUUGGGAAGAAAAGGCUGCUUUUUAAUGCAAAAUAUUUUUUUUAAAUGUUGGAAUCAUAAGACUUGUUGAUUUUGAAGACCAUUUUAAAACUUUUUGUCUCAAAAACAUCACAUUUUGAUCACAUUUUUUUUCUUUAAAAAAAAAGUAAUCUCAAAAAGUUACUUUUUUAAAAUCAAGAAUACAAAACAAUCUUGCAAGAUUAUGACUUUUGAUCAAAAAUAUUGGCUUUUCCGGACACAGUGUACAACUAAUGUUAUAAAACUGCGCCUUUAUUCUCGUAAAAUGACAGUUUUUCUGAAAGAUGGAACUUUUUUUCCAGAAAACCUGCAAGUUUAAUUUCAUAACAUGACUUUAUCUUGAAAAAGUCUGACUUUUCUCUCAAAACAAACAGUCCCGAAAAAUUCUUGCAAAUAUUGGAUUUUUUUUUCCAGCACGAACUUUUCUUCUCGAAAAUCUUGGCCUUUUUUCCUUGAAAGUACAGCAGACCUCACUUUUAACCUGGUAAGGUUGCGACCUUCAAAAUAUCCCUUCUUUUCCUCUCUCCGAAACCACCACUUGGAAAAUGUUGUCCUAUUUUUGUGGAAAAGAUGGGACUUUUCUUGAACAUCUGCUGGGGGAACCGUUUCACGAGUCGACGAACUCGCGAAUGUGCCAAAGUUGUCAAAAGUCGAGCGGGAACUGCAUAGUGUGUACGGGCGCCUCCAGCCACAAAUGUUUGUACAUGAUUCUUGUGAUAUCGAUGAUAAAUACGCCGACUCUUGGUAUGCACGAGUGCUUUCUGCUCCA